AAGCUCCACCUCCAGGGUUCACACCAUUCUCCUGCCUCAGCCUCCCAAGUAGGUGGGACUACAGGUGCCUGCCACCAUGCCUGGCUAUGUGUUGGCCAGGCUGAUCUCGAACUCCUGACUUCAGGUGAUCCACCUGCAUCAGCCUCCCAAAGGGAAAACUACCUCUUUGUCUUUUAUGAGGAGACAAACUGA